GUCCGUCAGUCCGUUUCGUGAACCGACGUCGCGCGUACCGACGCUUUUCCACCGUUUUCGCAAUUUUCUCACGGCGAAAAUACGCGCAAAAUAGUAUGAAGUGAACGUCGGGAAAAACUGAGCCCCCUUUCCUCCCCCUCAUAAGUUUCUAAAAGGAAAAAUGCGGUUUUCCACGUGCGUGGCCCUGGCGAUUUUACUGAUUUUCGAAAAAAUCCGUCACACAAAGAGCCUCAAGGGGAUGAAACUGACUAUUCCGAGGGCGGUUAGGGAGGGCCACUCGGCCACCCUCGAUUGCCAGUACGACCUACAGGGGGCCCAACUUUAUUCGGUCAAAUGGUACCGGGAGAACGACGAGUUUUACCGCUACGUCCCUAAAGAGGAACCGCCCACCAGGGUGUUCACCAUCCAAGGAAUCCACGUGGACGUUUCCGUAUCGGAUGCGAACAAGGUCACCCUGUUGUCCGUGGGCCGCGACAUUUCCGGACUGUUCCAGUGCGAAGUUUCCGCGGACGCACCCUCGUUCCAUACCGACGUCAGGUCCGCGCCCAUGACAGUUGCCGUGGUUCCCGUAGGGAUCCCACUGGUCACCGUAGACAAAACCGGCCUGGAACACGGGAGGCCUCUAAUAGCCGACUGCCACGUCCCCCCCAGCCAUCCAGCCUCAAACGUCACUUUCUUCGUAAACGACGAAAAGGUUCCGGGCUACACCUCCGAACAAAUCACGCCGUUGGCGGACCAGUCUCUGGAACAAAAAACGGCGCGCCUGGAACUAUCCGGGGUGGGGGGCAGCUGGGAACCGUUGAGGAUCACCUGCGAGGCCUCCCUCUUUAAAUUGUACCGGGCGAGGAGCCUGGAGGUCCAGGUGAAACCGGACACGCCCCAUCCCGCGUCCGUACUCUUAAUGGGCGAGAGAAACUCUUCAGGUGCCCGGACCAAUUUGAUGCUCAUGCCCCCGUCGAGGCUCGUCUCCCUGGGGGUGUUUCUCGUGAAAGUGUUCUUUUAAGGGUGCGUGAACUGGUUGACAAACAUAUUAUAUACGGACUAAUCUGUGAUACUAGUUGUACAUAAAACUGAUAUUAUUUGUUUCCCUAUUUAAGAAUAUAUAUGUGAUAAAAUUAGA